CGGAUGUUGUUGUGAGUCCGGGAGACACGUGAGGCGCUGCUACGUCAUCACCAGGCACGCUCGGGAAACAUGGCGGCGGCGGGUGUCGUGAGCGGGAAGGUUAUAUAUGAACAGGAAGGGGUAUAUAUUCACUCAUCUUGUGGAAAGACCAAUGACCAGGACAGCUUGAUUUCAGGAAUAUUACGUGUUUUAGAAAAGGAUGCUGAAGUAAUUGUGGACUGGAGACCAUUGGAUGAUGCACUGGAUUCUUCUAGUAUUUUCUAUGCUGGAAAGGACUCCAGUUCAGUUGUAGAAUGGACCCAAGCCCCAAAAGAAAGAGCUCUUCGAGGAUCGGAACGUCUGAACAGUUACGAAGCAGAGUGGGACAUGGUUAAUACAGUUUCAUUUAAAAAGAAACCACAUACCAAUGGAGAUGCUCCAAGUCAUAGAAAUGGGAAAAGCAAAUGGUCAUUCCUGUUCAGUUUGACAGACCUGAAAUCAAUCAAGCAAAAUAAAGAGGGUAUGGGCUGGUCGUAUUUGGUAUUCUGUCUAAAGGAUGACGUCGUUCUCCCUGCUCUGCACUUUCACCAAGGAGAUAGCACACUACUGAUUGACUCUCUUGAAAAAUAUGUGGUAUUGUGUGAAUCUUCACAGGAUAAAAGAACACUUCUUGUGAAUUGUCAGAAUAAGAGUCUUUCACAGUCAUUUGAAAAUCUUCUUGAUGAACCUGCAUAUGGUUUAAUACAAGCAGGACUGCUAGACAGAAGAAAGCUGUUGUGGGCCAUUCACCACUGGAAAAAAAUUAAAAAGGAUCCUUAUACAGCAACUAUGGUAGGAUUUUCCAAAGUCACAAACUACAUUUUUGAUAGUUUGAGAGGCAGUGAUUCCUCUACACAUCAACGACCACCUUCAGAAAUGGCAGAUUUUCUUAGUGAUGCUAUUCCAGGUCUAAAGAUAAAUCAACAAGAAGAACCAGGAUUUGAAGUCAUCACAAGAAUUGAUUUGGGAGAAAGACCUGUUGUUCAAAGGAGAGAGCCAGUAUCACUAGAAGAGUGGACUAAGAACAUUGAUUCUGAAGGAAGAAUUUUAAAUGUAGAUAAUAUGAAGCAGAUGAUAUUUAGAGGGGGACUUAGUCAUGCGCUGAGAAAGCAAGCAUGGAAAUUUCUUCUGGGUUAUUUUCCUUGGGACAGUACUAAGGAGGAAAGAACUCAGUUACAAAAACAAAAAACCGACGAAUACUUCAGGAUGAAACUACAGUGGAAGUCUGUCAGCGAGGAACAAGAGAAGAGAAAUUCGAGGUUAAGAGAUUAUAGAAGUCUUAUUGAAAAAGAUGUUAACAGAACAGAUAGAACAAACAAGUUUUAUGAAGGCCAAGAUAAUCCAGGGCUGAUUUUGCUUCAUGACAUUUUGAUGACCUACUGUAUGUAUGAUUUUGACUUAGGAUAUGUACAAGGAAUGAGUGACUUACUUUCCCCUCUUUUAUAUGUGAUGGAAAAUGAAGUGGAUGCCUUUUGGUGUUUUGCCUCUUACAUGGACCAAAUGCAUCAAAAUUUUGAAGAACAAAUGCAAGGCAUGAAGACCCAGCUAAUUCAGCUGAGUACCUUACUUCGAUUGUUGGACAGUGGAUUUUGCAGUUACUUAGAAUCUCAGGACUCCGGCUACCUUUAUUUUUGCUUCAGAUGGCUUUUAAUAAGAUUUAAAAGGGAAUUUAGUUUUCUAGAUAUUCUUCGAUUGUGGGAGGUAAUGUGGACUGAACUACCAUGCAAAAAUUUCCAUCUUCUUAUCUGUUGUGCUAUUCUGGAAUCAGAGAAGCAGCAAAUAAUGGAAAAGCAUUAUGGCUUCAAUGAAAUACUUAAGCAUAUCAAUGAAUUGUCCAUGAAAAUUGAUGUGGAAGAUAUACUAUGCAAGGCAGAAGCAAUUUCUCUACAGAUGGUAAAAUGCAAGGAAUUGCCACAAGCAGUCUGCGAGAUCCUGGGACUUCAGGACAGUGAAGUUACAACACCAGAUUCAGACACUGGUGAAGAUGAAAAUUUUGGCAUGACGCAUCCUACAUCUGCAUUUCAGAGUAGCACCUUGCCUACACUUACUGCCAGUGGAGCCAGAGACGACAGCCCAACACAGAUACCAGUGUCCUCAGAUGUCAGCAGAUUAACACCUGCAUGAUCAUUCUUGCCUUUUUUUUUUUUUUUGAAGAGACACUUUGUUGUAAUUCCUUUUCAAGUACUUGAAAGUUGGAAAUUUAAAAUCUUGGUAUUGAUCAUGCUUUAAGGUUUAUGGAAAGAAAAUGUACUGAUGUUCUUGCAUUAAAGCUUUACAAAGAUUUAAACUAA